CUUUUAAACACGUGUAAGGAACAAUCCAAAAGAGAAAUACAGAAAUCUCAUUUACAAUUUCACAAAAGUAUAAGAUACUUAGCAUAAUUUUAACCAAAUGGUGAAAGAUUGGUACACUGAAAGUUAUAAAACAUUGAUGAAAGUAAUUGAAGAGAGAUAUUCCUUGCUCAUGGAUUGGAAGAAUUAAUAUUAAAAUGUUCAUAUUACCCAAAGCAAUUUACAGAUCCCGUGUAAUCCCUAUCAUAAUUUCAAUGGCAUUUUUCACUGAAGAAUGUAUGUUGGUAACAGAGUAAAGAUCUUCAAUGUUCUCACUAAAAGAAAAAGAUAAAUAUUUGAGAUUCUAAGUGUGCUAAUUAAUUGGAGGGUGUGAUCCUUUCACAGUGUAGAGUAUGAUAAACCACCAGCAUGUACACUUUAAAUAUUGUGUAAUUUUAACAAUUAUACCAAGUAAGUAAGCUGAAAAUAAAGGAAAAUCCAAAGAGAAGAAGAAAAAGAGAUAAUACUAAAAAAUGCAAUGGUGAUAAUAAAAAAUGUAGGCUAUGAACUUGAAUGAAACCUAAAUCAAAAUAUCUUGUGAUGGCUUUGGAUUUCUAGCAUUUAAUGUGGAAUGAGUAUAGAUAGGCUGGAUAAAGUGUUGGUUGCAAGUGUAUAUUGUAUAGUGGUUUAUAUAGUGUAACAUGCUAUAUCUGAGGUGAAUUAGUUACAGUCAGUGUUUUAUUGCAGGCCUCUGAUUACCUCCUGUCAAGCACACCUGAAUGGAUUCCAUGGCAACUACAAAUAAUGUGACCAAGUUGAUUAUCACUGGUCUUUUCCAGGAUCCAGAGGUGCAGAGGGUGUGCUUUGUAGUGUUUCUUCCUGUGUACCUGGCCACGGUGGUGGGCAAUGGCCUCAUUGUUCUGACGAUCAAAGUCAGUCAGAGUCUGCAUUCCCCCAUGUACUUCUUCCUGAGUUACCUGUCCCUGGUGGAGAUCAGCUACUCCUCUACUGUCGCCCCCAAGUUCAUCGCAGACUUGCUUUCCAAGGUUAAGACCAUCUCCCUGGAGGGCUGUGUGGCUCAGAUAUUCUUCUUCCACUUCUUUGGAGUUGCCGAGACAUUCCUGCUCACAGUAAUGGCCUAUGACCGCUAUGUGGCCAUCUGCAAACCCCUGCACUACACAGUCAUCAUGAGCCGGGCUGUGUGUCACCGUCUGGUGGCUGGUUCCUGGCUGGGGGGCUUUUUUCACUCCAUGGUUCAGAUUAUUGUCACAGUCCGAUUGCCCUUCUGUGGUCCCAAUGUGAUUGACCACUACUUCUGUGACCUCCACCCCUUAUUCAAGCUUGCCUGCACUGACACCUCUGUGGAGGGGCUUAUUGUCUUGGCCAACAGUGGAUUAUUCUCUAUCUUCUCCUUUCUCCUCUUGGUGUCCUCCUAUAUUGUCAUCCUGGUCAACUUGAGGAACCAUUCUGCAGAGGGAAGGCGCAAAGCCCUCUCCACCUGUGCCUCUCACAUCACGGUGGUCGUGUUGUUCUUUGGACCUGCCAUCUUCCUCUACAUGCGGCCCCCCUCCACCUUCACCGAGGACAAACUGGUGGCCGUGUUCUACACAGUGGUCACCCCCAUGAUGAACCCCAUCAUCUAUACCCUCAGAAAUGCAGAGGUGAAAAUCGCCAUGAAGAGAUUGUGGGGUAAGAAAGUGAACUCAGGGUUGGAACAAUAAUGAAAACCUUAAAAAAAAUUAGUAUAUGUUUGGUGACAAAAUAUACCUUCUGAUUUUAGUCAACUGUGAAGAAUAGAACAAAAGUUCCCCUAUUCAUGGUUUUGUUUUUGUUUUUUUGUUUUGGUUUUUUUUGUAGAUGAGCCUUUAUAUUCCAUAAUAUAAAUCAGAAUGCUUUCAUAGCCAUUUGUAUUUUGGGGAAUGUUGAAAAUUGAUCUGCUUCACUUCUGCAUGGUUUUUAGUGUAAAGGGCAUCGACUUUAGCAAGGGAUUACUUGGACUGGAAUCCCACCUCUAUCAUCUUCUACCUUUGCAGCCUUGAGUUCAUUCACUUUAGCCCUCAGUGGUAGCAUGCUAUAGUAUGUGGGGAGAUUGUGGUGCUGGGAGAAAGAAGUUUAUGAUUUGUUCUUUCCCUCCCUAUCAGUGUGAUCUUAUGGGAGUACCUUGAAGGUUUUCUACUUCAUUUUGAUUUCCCUACUUUAUUAACCUGAUUCCAAUGUGUACAGUUGCGUAGGAGCUUUGUUUCAUGGGAGUAGGGCACUGUUAGCAAUGAAAUGGUCUGUGGGAGGUGAAAUAUAAUAAAGCUAUUAGUAUCCACGAAUGUCUUAACCGGAGCAAUUUUAUACGACCCUUCCCUUUCUAGACAGUUAUCUAGGCAUUGAGUUAUGGCUUAAGCCAAAUCUAACCUGUUGCCUAUUUCAGUAUGCCUGAAAGGAUUUAACAUUUUUAAAUGGUUGAAAAAAAUUAAAGUAGGAUAGUAUUUUGUGAUACAAUAAAAAUUAUAUGAAAUUCAAAUUUUAUUGCCCAUAUAUAGGAUU